AUGACAUCGGACUCACGUGACAUGGAGACGGCUCUAGCGCGUAAUCUACUGUCGUCUGUGCUAUCGUUGGCCUUUCCUAAUGACGUGGAGAGUGAAAACACUGCAAUGGAAGUUUUUGUGAUGCAACAAUCGGCUCUGCGGAAGGCGCUGGAGCGCCAUAACGUGUUCGGCCUUGUUACGGACGGGAAGGCGCUGAUGAAAUGGCAAACAAGGCUAUUGCAGCUCAUAGAAGCACCAACUUCUGCUUGUCAUAUAGGCUGGGAGCUGCUGCUGAUAAUGACGCGUCAGAGUUCACUGACACGACUGGAAUCGCUGGCUGUGAAGCUGCUGGAGCGCGUAUUAAAGCUGUUGAAGCAGCAGCAGUCGAUGAAGAGGGAUGUUGUGGACGCAGAGGCAUCUAUUGCUGAAGCGGCAUCUAUUGCUGCUGCUUGUCGUGUAUCUCAAUCACUGCUUCUUCAUGUGAAUAGAUUCAACUCAGACACACGUCGUGAGGUGCUGGAGCUGCUGGGAAAGCUUCUGCAGCCGUUAGUGGCCCUGCUUUCGAGCAAAAAGAAAACCAGAAAUAUGGGUUCGGUUAUUGCACAAUUUGAGCUGAUUCAAACAUUGCUUUGCACGUCUCCUAAUUCACUCCGAAGUUACGCAGUGAAGAUUGAAUCUGCUUGUGUGGGUGCACUUUUUCCAGCUGCGGACGGGAGUGAUGAUGAUAAGGUUGUCGCUGAGAAAGCAAGAUUGUGCUUGGCAUUGCUGUGCAAUGCAUCGGACAAACCGCAAGAAGUAUGGACGCAUAUGGUUCAAAAAGCUUUGGAAGCUGCGCACCAGCAGCUUGACUUGUUUGCAGGUAAACGCUCGAUAGUGCCUUCAACGGAACGAGUGUCGGGAAAGAAGCUGUGGGUGCAGGGUGCGGCUAGUCAGCAACUACCAGUCUAUCAGCGUGCGGAAGUAACGUUGACUAGGAUGACUCGUGCGCUGAGUGCAUUGCAGGAACUGCUGAGUGUUCGCACUGCAACCCAGAGUCGCGGACAGAUCUCUGAGCGUGAGGUACAACAUAUGCUUCCAGACAUGGUGUCGUUUGCUCGGCGCGCCAUGGGAGUGCGUGCGCACGAGGUGGGUAAGCACACGGGUGUAUCGGAUGAUGGCGUGCGGCUGCCGAUUAGCGUCAUAUAUGCUGUGAUCCCGCGUGUUCGUGCGCAAACUUUGCGUUUAUUGAGCGCGUCGGUAGAGCGUACUGGGAUCUGCGCUCUGCGCCAUGCUAACAGUAUCACGCGUGUUCUUUUGCUUGCUUCCGAAAGUGUGAGUGACGGCGAGGAUCUUUUGGCCUUGGCGGAUGCUACAGCGGUGUGUGCACGUCGUCUGGGUGCCAGCACUGUUGAAAUGCUUGGGGUGCCAUUGCUGAACGAGUUGGUCGCGCGCUGCAAGCGUAGUCUUGGUGAAAAGACAAGUGCUACCACCAUCUCGAACGAUAUGGCUAGGGCAUUGGCGACACAACAAGAUGACGCAAAGCACGGUGGAAACAAAAGCAAGAAACGGAAGCGUCAAGUUGCUGCAGCAGCAACUCUUGCUGCUCUAAAUGGAGGCACUAUGUCUGCAGGCCAAUCUAGCUUCAUUUCUAUGCAUGAUGAGACUGUACUCGCGAUGACUUUCGAAGCAGUUGUGAGUACUAUCGCUAGUUGUGUGAGCGUCUACGGGAGCUUGUUACCGGACGAGUGUCGUUCAUUGGCUAGUGAACUCACGGUCAAAGCGGUGCAACGCCGACAUGCAGUGCGAUCCAGUCACGCUCACGGUGCCGUCGACCCGGUGGCGCUUGCGCUUCUGUCGAGCACAGUGACUGCUGACGCCACAGGCUCACAUGCAACUAAUCUGCUUUGUGGUAUACAAUACUGGCAGCGUCGCGUCAUCGGUUGCGGUGGUGCUUCGUCGGCACUUCAGCUGGUAGCUCUUAAUGCCGGCGAGGCAAUGCUUCAUCCGCGUGCACCUCCAUUGACUAUCAACAUCCAACAAGACACGAGCAACGGACGAGGAAAUAAGGGUCGCUUUGGGGCCAAUACGAAGGGCAAAUGCGAGUUCACUACGCUGGGGGAUGUUAUGGAUUGGGAUAAAAACGAACGCGAUGAAGGUGCUGACGAAGUUGCGGAGAAUGAGCAGGCAGACAAACACGAAUCGAAGGAGUUGAAACAGACGGAGGCGCCCACUGUUUCGGAGGAAGACGAGGACGAGGAUGAUGAUGAAGAAGACGAAGAUUAUGAUGAUGCUCGUCUGCAGGCUACUAUAACGGAGGGUCCGACGGAGACCAUUGCAUCUAUUACGGAGGAGGAAGCUGAAGGUAAUGACGAUAGUGGCGACGAGGAAGAGGAGCCAGCUGCAGAAUGCAUUGAGGGUGACGACAAAAAAGUGCCUGUUGCUACAGUUGUGAAUGAUGAUAACGACGAUGACGACUUCCCGGACAUUGUCAUUGAUGAUGAGUAG